AUGCAUUUGAAAGAAAAUCUAGUUGAUCCUACCAAAUUCCGAAUCUUAAUGAUUCACGGUUUUGCUGGAAGCGCCGAAGAUUUCCGUGCAAAAUCAAGUCCUAUCUCAGCACGUAUUAACGAGCUUGUCACACCAGAGAUUCUUUCUGAGUUCCCAGGUGGUAUCGAAUUCCUAUACAUAGAUGCCCCCUGGAUGCUCGAAGCUCCAAUCGGCACACUCCCCGAAGAAACCGACAAAAGCAAUAUCCAAUUACGAGCACAAGACGAUCCAGAAACGGCGCUGCUGGGCUGGUGGUAUGGCCGAGACACAGUGAGCAAGUAUCGAGGAAUCGAAGUCUCCCUCUCUCACGUGGCACAAUAUAUUUACGGGCGACCAAUCCACGCCAUCGUAUCAUAUUCGCAAGGAAGUGCACUCGCAGGAAUGGUUUGCUCGCUGCUUGAAUGCCAUGACAACCCAGACAAGAUCUCAGCAAUCCGUGCACAAGGUCUACCCGUAGACGAUUUCCUGCAUCUCCCUGGGCAGAAGCCACUGCGGUUCUUCAUCGGCGUGGCCGGAUAUUGCGGGGAGUAUUUCUGGUCUCUUUACCGAUGGCCACUGCAGACGCCGAGUCUUCAUACGCUCGCUACCUUUGACGCUGUAGUUGAGCAUUUCCAGACAAUGGACCUCGCACAUUGCUUCAAUUACUAUGAGAUUGUGCGCUACUACGGCAGCCAUUUCACGCCGAGAGAUCGUGCCACUGUUGAGAGUCUGGCACAGUUUGCGCUGAGGAAUGCCAGCAUACAGACAGACUCUCCACUUUCGUCUCGUUUCCCACGUGCAGCUACAAUGACAAGUGUGUCUGAUAGUGAUGAGUGUGGUUCUGAUUCUUCGCGUUCUGCAUCAUCCCGUUUGGGCUUGACAGUGCCGGUUUGGAGUCGGUCGAAAAGGGUUAAUGUUACUUUGAGUCGACGCAGGCGACUUGCCAGUAGUAGAAGUGUCCCCGCGUUUCACUGA